AUGUUAUUUUCCGUCUUUAGACAAGAGUCGGCCCCACCUCCACCUGCCCACAUUGUCAUCAACGCGUAUGCAGACGAGCAGCUCAGAUCCAUCGCCAAGCGCAUGAAAGAGAGACUGAAUCUCUACAAGGAGAAAGUGGUCGAUCAAUAUGCUUCAUCCCCAGAGAUCAGCCCUCCUGUCACACCUUUGCUGCGCAAAGACAUCUACACAAAAGUCAUAGAGGAGAGGAACAAGCAAGCAGAGGAGGAGCGCAUAAAGAAGGAAGAAGCGGACCAGAAGAAGAAAGAGGAGCAGGAGAAGAAGAAGAAGGAGGCCGAGCAGAAGAAGAAAGAGGAAGAGGAGAAAAAGAAAGCAGAGGCCCAAGAUGAGACGAAAAUGAAGAGGUCGCUGAUGUCGAAGUUAAAAGACGCCGGCUGGCAUUCGGUGGACAUGGUGCUGAAACCAGUUGAGACCUUGAUGGACCCAGUGCUGGGGAACACCAUCGACCCGUUCACAGACCGCCGCUACAUCGCCUGGUUGAGCUUGGUGACUCUGGCCUUUAACUACAACACCUGGUUCAUCACAGCCCGUCUGUGUUUCCCGUACCACACCGAGGGCAUCAUCCCCUUCUGGUUCGUCCUGGACACGCUGGCCGACCUCAUCUACCUCACAGACUCCAUCCUCUUCCAGGCCCGCAAACAGUACGUCAAAGCAGGAGACAUCAUAAAAGACAGAGUGGUGACGAAGAAGAACUACAGAAGCACAGACAGAUUCAUGCUGGACGUGAUGUCCGUCAUGCCAUUCGACUUGCUGUACCUGCGGUUUGGAUUCAAAUCCAUUUUCAGAAUAAAUCGCUUGCUGAAGGUGGACACAUUUUUUGAGUUCAGCGACCGCCUGGAGAGCAUCAUGGCCAAGGCUUACAUCUGGAGAGUGAUUCGGACCAUCGGAUAUCUUCUCUUCAUGCUCCACCUCAACGCCUGCUUCUACUACGUGGCUUCGGACUACCAGGGCAUCGGCAAAACUAAAUGGGUCUACUCCGGUCUGGGCAGUGCGUACCUGCGCUGUUACUACUAUGCCGUCCGCAGUCUGAUCAACAUCGGGGGUCUCAACGAACCUCAUACCGUCUUUGAGAUUACCUUUCAGAUGACUAACUUUUUCACGGGCGUCUUUGUGUUCUCCAGUUUGAUUGGACAGAUGAGAGACGUCAUCGGUGCAGCCACAGCAGCACAGACGUACUUCAGAUCGUCCAUGGACGGCACGGUGGACUACAUGGUGAACAACCACAUCCCCUCCUUGGUGCAGAACCGGGUCCGCACCUGGUACACCUACACCUGGGAUGCACAGGGCAUGCUGGAUGAGUCCGAGCUGCUGGACAAGAUGCCUCUGGUGAUGAGAACCGCCAUCGCCGUUGACAUCAACCUGAGCACCUUUCAGAAGAUAGAUCUGUUCAAGGGCUGUGACCAGCAGAUGUUGGUGGACAUGUUACUGAGGCUCAAGUCUAUUGUCUACUUACCUGGAGACUUUGUGGUGAAAAAAGGCGACAUCGGCAAAGAGAUGUACAUCAUUAAAAGCGGUGCGGUGCAGGUGGUGGGAGGACCUGACAACAGCAUCGUGUUUGUCACACUGAAGGCCGGCUGCGUGUUUGGAGAAAUCAGUCUGUUGCAAUCGUCCAAAGAUGGAGGGAACAGGCGGACGGCUAAUGUCAAAGCCUACGGCUUUGCUAACCUUUUCGUCUUGGAGAAGAAAGACCUGUUUGACAUCCUGGUGCACUACCCGGAGUCUCAGAAAGUGUUGGCCCGGAAGGGAAGGAAGCUCAUGAAGGCGAAGGGUCCGGCAGCGGCUAAAGCAGAAGUGGAAAAGCAGAAAGGACUGGUGCUGUUCGGACCCAAACCACCAACACCCAAAAUGCUGCGCGCUUUCGGUGGAAAGAACUUUUUGGCCAAAAUUAAGAGUGCUGCUGGUGGCCAGUGAGGAUUUAGUGAGGUAUAAAGUGAACUUUAUAAUACUCCUUUUUGGGAGUGAAUGGGCAGUUUUGUUCUCAGCCUCUAACUACUUACUCUUUUGUACUGAGUGUGUGUUUCCUGUCAUUUUAAGCGUAAAUUCCCAUAUUGUUUGACAUGUUUGAAUGUGAUGCAAGCAGAUAACACACAACAAAAAACACCCAUCGAAGACAACAAGCAGAUUUAAACCUUAUAAAUGUAUUAGACAAACUACUUUCAUACGAUAGAAAGUAACUAUCUAUGUGCAAAAUGUUGAAUCUGUCUACUAAACACAAAUACUAUUGGAAAAUGCUUGUUUGAUAUUGAUCUACUCGCCUGGUUUUGUUUGGCUGCUUUUAUCGUCUAUUUUCAGAUUGCCCAUGCACAUCUUUAGAAAGUGCUUGUAAAAGUCUAACAGAGAUUAUCUGUCAGAAUAUCAUGAUUUCAUAUUUUAAUUGAUUUCCUUUCUGUUAAUAUUUGAGAGAGAGAGAAAUAGAGACAGAGAGAGGGAAGAGAGAGACUAAUCCGGUUAGCCAGGAACAUUGUGAGAGUUAAUUAACUAAGUGGCCUCUGUGUUCGUGAACUAGUCAGAGUGGACUAAAAUAACCCCAACAGCCUAAUUCUACAUCAUCUACCUUUGAAUGUAAAAUUGUAAUUGUUGUUACUUGUUAAUUGUAAAAAUUAAAUGUAAGUCGCUUUGGAUAAAAGCGUCAGCUAAAUGACCUGUAAUAAUAAUAUAAUAUAAUGUCUACCGUGUAGAUUGUGUGUUAUCCCAUAAUUAGAUAUAUUUAAAAAUGAAAUCAGUUCCGUGGAAAAUGCAAAGGGAACAUGAACAGUUAUCUUGUAUUAUUUAAUUAAACUAAAUGGCAGAA